ACUUUUGGCUUUUAUGCUGUGGUAUUAAAUGAAAGAUCGAGCUUUAUGCCUUGCUAUUCUAAAGAUUCUCAAGAGUACCAGAUUGGCGCUAUGGUAUUAAAUAAGUGCUUGAGACUUGUACUUCGCUAUUCUAAGAAUAUUUAUUCAUUCUUUCAUACUCUGUUUCCUCAAGAUUCUUUAUUCCCUCAAGAGUACCGACUUGGUGCUAUAGCAUUAAAUAGGUGA